GUGAGGCGGUAGAAUGAGAAAGAGAGUAUAACAUGUUUUUUAGUGCUGAAGAACUACUCAUUUAGUUUCAUUUUGGUGCUCAGCCUCACUGUCCAGCAAGAUCUCACUUGGACUCUUUCCAUCAGACUCUUCUUUUUAUUUGCCUGUUUAAUCAUUGCUACUAUGCUGUCCGUCUGGAUCGUCUUGGUUUCCUACAUGGAUUUUCUCUUGUACUCCUCAGCAGAAGAGGGUCUGGAGUUUCCCAGUUUUGAUGGCAAGGACAGAGUUCUUAAUGUUAAUGAAAGGAACUAUAAGAAGGCUUUAAAGAAGUAUGACAUGAUGUGUUUGCUGUAUCACGACCCCCUGCCUUCAGAUAAGGAGCUCCAGCAGCAAUUUCACAUGAGGGAGAUGGUUCUGGAGCUCGCUGCUCAGGUUCUUGAAGACAAGGAUAUUGGUUUUGGAAUGGUUGACUCACACAAGGAUGCUAAAGUUGCCAAAAAGCUUGGUCUGGAGGAAGAGGGAAGCAUCUAUGUUUUUAAGGAUGAAAGAGUGAUCGAGUUUGAUGGAGAGCUCUCUGCAGACACACUGGUUGAAUUCCUGCUGGAUCUGCUGGAGGACCCAGUGGAGUUAAUCAGUAACCCCAUGGAACAACGCGCUUUUGAGCGAAUGGAUGAAGACAUACGCCUUAUCGGCUACUUCAAGGGUGAAGAAUCUGAGCACUACAAGGCCUUUCAGGUCACUGCAGAGAAGUUCCAACCAUAUGUGAAGUUUUUUGCCACUUUUGACAAAGGGGUGGCAAAACAACUGACUCUAAAAAUGAAUGAAAUCGAUUUCUACGAGCCUUUCAUGGACGAGCCUGUAUCCAUUCCAGGCAGACCCAACUCAGAAGAGGAGAUAGUGGACUUUGUUAAUCAACAUAGAAGGCCCACUCUGAGAAAGCUUCAUGCUGAGGACAUGUUUGAGACUUGGGAGGAUGACAUGGAUGGAAUCCACAUUGUUGCCUUUGCUGAGGAGGAGGAUCCAGACGGUUAUGAAUUCCUGGAAAUUUUAAAGGAGGUUGCAAGGGACAAUACUAAAAACCCAGAUCUAAGCAUAAUGUGGAUUGAUCCUGAUGAAUUUCCUCUGUUAACUUCCUAUUGGGAGAAGACCUUUAAGGUGGACCUUUUCCGACCCCAGAUUGGUGUGGUGAAUGUGACUGAUGCUGACAGUGUGUGGUUGAGCAUGCCUAACGAUGAAGCUCUACCAUCAGCUGAGGAGCUGGAGGACUGGAUAGAGGAUGUUCUCUCUGGAAAGGUCAACACUGAGGAUGAUGAUGAUUAUGAUGAUGAUGAUAAUGAUGAUGAUAGUGAUGACAAUAGUAGUGAUGAAGACCAUUAUAGUGAUGAUGAUUAAGUGGUAUAUACACUUUAAAAUAAAUAUAUAAAUAAAUAAACGGCAGCUAUGGUUGCCAGAACGUUACUGUAAAAAGUAUGGUAGCAACAUUUUAAGUUUUACAGACUGAAUUUAAAUUUACAGAACAAAAUGUGUAUUUCAUUAUCUGUAAAUAUCCCUAAUAUACAUAAGAGAUAAGAAAAACUAAGGAAAAAAAAGUUAUUUCAUUUAAAAAAAACAAAAAAAACAAAACAAAAAAAAAAACAUCAAAUGUGAAGUGUAACAAAGGGAAUUCUGGGAUUGCCAAUUUAUGUUUUUCACAUUAUUAUUUUUUACAUUAAUAGAUGACUUUUUUCUUUUUCCCAAAACUGUACAUUUAACAGUAUUUUACUGUAAAAUUACAUGAAAUGUCUCAUUACAUCUAUUACAGUUUUUCACCAUCUAAAGUAAGGGAACUUACCGAUAAACAAUUAUUACUGUAGCAUUUUAGUUUUAGCAUUCUUUUACUGUUAAAAUUAUAAUUUUUUUUUACAGUGUAGAAAAACUACAAUCAUAGAAUGCUGUAAAAAAAUUCUUUCCACAUUGUAUUGAUGAUAUCCAUUUUAAAUAGUUCAAUCAAAAAUGAAAAUUCUGUCAUUAAUUACUCACCAUCAUGUCGUUCCACACCCGUAA